UCAAUUUAAAGAACGUUUGCCCUUGCCAGCAGAUUAUAUUUCUGCUUUAAUAUAUCACACGCGCGAUCGAAGGUCACCAAGGUGCAAUCAAAUUAUCAUUGAAAUCGUAUAAAAUUUAAUUAUCAGAAAAAUAAAACGAUGAUUUUCUCGAUCGUUUAAUUAAGUAAUUAGAAUAAUCAGGUAUUCCCUGCGUAAGCAGAAAUGAUAUCUGUACAAGGAUCGAAAGGAAAGUUUAUUCUUGUUCUUUCGACUCCCGGUUCAUAAAUAUUUCGCUGCGUUCGUAAGCUCCUUGACAUAAAAUCGUCCUCAUUGCUAACACUCUUAUCACAUAAAGAAAAAAGGGGACCUCCUUUUCCCCUUCCUCUCUAGAGAAGACUACCAUGCUCGACACUGUACUAAUUUAAAAAAAAAGCUCAACACCUUUAAUAACGACCUUAUCGCCCUCUUACAGAGAAUCUCUGAACCUGAUUUUAUCAAUUUCCCUUUUAAACAUCGAUAACUUAGAGAACGACAAUUUACAGCUACAAAAUUAACAAACGAUUGUUUUACAUGUAUCUAAUGAAUCGAAAAAAUGUUGAAAAAUAUUUUAAGAUAGGUAAUCGUUUUUGUAGGUAAUAGGUGUGAAAAUUGAUAUUGGAUCUCGUAGGAACAAUGUCACGUGCCAAUUGGUCACAUGUGAGGGAUGGAAAAUUUGAUAAGAAGGGGUGAAAUACACGUGACUGUUCGAGGGGCUUCGAGCAACCGGUGUCAUUAAUUGGAUCACGGAUGAAAAUACAUUUUAAGGUCAGCAGAUUACCGGAACAAUGUCAUUCGUUCCUCGAAGCCCCUGGAAGAACGAUGGAUUUCACCCACAAACGAGUUUACCAGAUUCUAUCGUCGAUUCUGGAUCCGUUGGUAUUGGAAUCGGCUAACGAAAACGUAGAGGAUGAGGCGUAAAGUUAGACGAUCUAUACCUUUCUUUCGAACGUAAUUGAAAAAUAAAAAAAUUCGCGGUGGUGAAGAUAUAAUUGGUGCUUAAUUUUUCAUCGAGUUCCUUUAGUAGUUUUGAUAAAAAUCAUUAUGAAAUCGGUAAAUUAUAAUACAUCGAAAUCAGGGUACGACCUAUCUUCGGUGAAUUUAAACGAACUCGAUGAUCUGUUGCAUGGAAAACGAUUGAAAUUGUCGAGGACAUCGUUUCGCUUAAGUGACGUGGAAGGUACAUUGAAAAGCAGUGAAAAUGAAUCAAAAGAGGAAAAGACGAAUUAUUUUCCAAACUGUGAUUCGUCCGUGUGGAUGAGAUCGUGCGAAAAGGAAGUGAUAGAACCAAUACCUGGGAAGGUGACAGGGAAUAUACCUUGUUGGUUGAAGGGUACGUUGUUGAGGAACGGACCAGGUAGUUUGAAGGUCGGGGAAUUCAAUUUCAACCACCUGUUCGACAGCUCUGCUUUGCUGCACCGAUUCGCCAUUGCCAAUGGGAAAGCAACGUACCAGUGUAGAUUUGUUCAAACGGAUGUCUAUAAGAAGAACAAUGCUGCAAAGAGGAUAGUUGUCACUGAAUUUGGUACGAAAGCGAUACCAGAUCCUUGCCAAAGCAUUUUUCAAAGAAUUGCAGCGGUAUUCAAACCUGAAGAGGAUUCUGAUAAUUCAAUGAUAUCAGUUUAUCCAUUUGGUGACGAGUAUUACACGUUUGCUGAAACGGCGGUGAUACAUCGUAUUGAUCCGGAAACUUUAGAAACUAAAGGCAAGGUGAACGUAUCUGAUUACGUUCGAAUUGUAAAUCACACUUCUCAUCCUCACGUAAUGAACGAUGGCACGAUUUACAAUCUAGGUUUAAGCGUAACAACUCGGGGCCCUAUGUACAAUAUCGUGUGCUUUCAACCUAGUCGAAUCAUCAUUGAUGAUUCAGGAGAAGAGCAAGAAUUAUCCAUGUUCGAUCAAGCCACCAUCGUCGCCAGUAUUCCAUCUAGAUGGUUACUGAAUCCUUCUUAUAUGCAUACCUUUGGAAUCACCGAGAAUUAUUUUAUAAUCGUUGAACAACCUCUGGCAGUCUCUUUGACCACUGUGUUAUCUUGUAAAAUGAAGCAAGAGCCAAUGCGCGCUGCUCUUAAAUGGCACGAGAACGAGAACACUCGCAUACACGUGAUUUCAAAGGAAACUGGAUUACUGGAAAGGACAUUCAUCGCAGAGGCAUUUUUCUACCUUCACAUUAUAAAUCAAUUCGAAACUCGUGAUCGUGAUUAUAUAGUGUUGGAUAUUUGUUGCUAUCGCGAUGCAAAAAUGUUGGAUUGUUUAUUCGUGGACGCGAUGAAGAAUUUACAUAAAAAUCCUGAUUAUGCUAAGAUGUUUAGAGGUAGACCAUUGCGAUUCGUGUUACCAAUGAAACGUCCACCACCCGACGUGCCACUAGAGUACAAUUUAAUCACUGUAAAAACGGUAAAUCAGGGUUUGGAGUCUUUUCUAGAUAUCACCGAUAUUAAGAAUCCUUCGAAGUUUAUCGACGAAUCGAAUACAAAGAAAGAAAAUUCUGUGGAUGUUAAGGAAGAAAGGAAAAACAAUGAGAAAAAUAUUUUUCGACGAAAAGCGGCUGCUCAUAGGCUUCCGGAUGGUAAUAUCAUCGUAAAACCGGAACUUCUCUGCGAUUUGGGCUGUGAAACACCGAGGCUUAAUUACGAUUCUUAUUUUGGAAGGGAGUAUAGAUAUUUCUAUGCAAUUUCCAGUGACGUAGAUUUGGAAAAUCCUGGAACGAUCAUCAAGGUGGAUAUUUUGGAAAAAACGAGAAAAACGUGGUGCGAAAAGAACGUCUAUCCGAGUGAGCCGAUUUUUGUACCUGAUCCUAAUGGCAAAAGAGAAGACGACGGUGUGGUGUUAAGUGGAAUCGUGUGGUCGGAUAUAGAGACACGGGUCGGUCUGCUGAUUCUAGACAGCGUGACUCUUACGGAAAUUGCAAGAGCCACCUUCGACACUCCUGGUCCGGUGCCAAAAUGCUUACACGGCUGGUUUACCUUGGAGAAAUAAACUGAGCUGCAGUUUCGUAGAGUCUGCACGCGUACCUUCUGUAUCGAUGUUGAGAAGAAAAUAAUAUCGACUGCACAAUAUUGUAAAUAAUAUAAUAAAUUAUUUAAUGUCGU